GCUGCUAUGACAUUAUUUUUAGCCACGACGGACUCGACUGUCGUUUCUACGAGUCUUCCGACUAUAGCCAGCGACUUGCGCGCCUCACACAGCCAAUAUACCUGGGUAGGAGUCGCUUAUCUGCUCACCCAAACUGCAUGUCAGCCACUGUACGGGCGAAUCUCUGACUUGGUUGGUCGAAGGUGUAUUCUCUACUGUAGCAUAUUAAUAUUUGCCCUGGGCUCUCUGCUGUGCGGAAUAGCUCAAAACAUAACCUGGCUUAUCGCCUCUCGUGGCGUUGCCGGGAUUGGUGGUGGUGGUAUAGUCUCCGCAGUGUGGGUUAUAACAGCCGAGAUUGUCCCCGAGCAGGACAGGGCCAAAUGGUCCCAAGCACUCAGCGUAACGUGGAGUUGCUCUGCCGUAGCGGGUCCUCUCUUGGGCGGAUUGUUUAGUAGUAGAGGGCUGAAAUCCGAUCUAUGCAUAACUAACUCAUUCCCCUCAGGUCGUUCCUCCUCCAUUGUCAACUGGCGCUGGAUAUUCUAUCUCAACCUGCCAGUUUGCUUCGCGGCCUUCCUUGUCUUCGAAUUCUCUCUGCGCCGAGUGCGGCUCGGCUCAUCUGAGCAAGCUUCCUGGAAAGCGCUACGAGAGACUUUCGAUUUUGUGGGCCUCGUCCUAUUUGUAGGGGGGACGGGUGCCAUCAUCUUAGGUCUGAGCUUCGGCUCGAGUAAUGGAUGGAAGGCGCUGUCGACCUUAAUUUUAAUAAUUUCUGGCGGCAUCCAGCUCGGCGCCGGUGCUAUUUACGAAAUAUACACCAAGCGCGAGGCAUUAUUUCCUUCGGCGGCGUUCAAGAAUCGUAGUGCCGUCAUCAUCCUUAUCAUCACGUUUCUCCAUCAAUUUGCAUUUAAUGCAGGGACAUACUAUCUAGCCCUAUACUUCCAGGCCGUCAACGGGGCGACACCCGUGGGAGCUGGUCUCCUCCUUUUGCCCUAUUCACUCGGUUCAUCCUUGAUUUCUAUGCCUGCUGCUUGGUUCAUUGGGUAUAAGCAGUCAAAAUCCCACAAUACAAGCGGUCAAAAAUGGGUGAUUUGUCUUGGUCUAGCAAUUUCGACAUUAGGAUUCGGCCUACUGUGUCUACUGCAUGGAUCCUCUCCCAGAUUGCUUCAGAUUGUAUGUCCGCUGGUUGCAGGUCUAGGAAUCGGCAUGCUGUUUCAUGCCCCUCACCAAGUUUUCACACGAGCUCUACAAUCAAAAGACUUGGCUUCCGGGACCAGCGCCUUCUUCCUGGUACGUUUCACUGGCGCCACCGCAGGUCUGGCCGUUGCAGGGGCGAUAUUCGAUAUUAGACUGUCGCACCUAUUGCCCCAAGACUCUGCAAUGCAGACAUUGGGAUCGUCAUUUGACUUGCAUCGCCUCAGUUCACUCCAGUCGACACCAGAAAAAAUUGUGGUAUUGCACGCCGUAUCUCUCUCCAUAAAGAGUAUAUGGAUCGUGUGCGCACCGUGCCUGGGUAUAGCCAUGAUGGUGGGUGCAUUGCUG